UGGUAAUCUUACCCUGUGUCUUUUUAUUCCAGUAUCCCCGUCCCACAGAGAAACACGUCACGGCUAUAGAAACAGUGGAAGAGGAAACAGAUUUGUUGAUGAGGAUUAUUCACCAGAGCAGAAUCGCAACAUGCCAGAAUGUAAUUCCUGAAAUUUUAAGAAAGGUCAGUGUCUUAAAAGUGCCCGACAUCUACUUGGAAGAGGAAUCUUGGCUUAAUAUGCAGAGAAGAAGUGUGGCUGUGGAAACUCACUGCCUUACGUGGACACAGUAGACAUCUCUGAGCGGGGAAUCUGUCUUCCCAGAGAACUUGAAGAAUCCAAACUGGUGA